UGCCUAAGACCGUCCACAGCGAUAUGAGGAAAUGGAGGAGUAAAUCUACUGUUUGGCACUGUAGAUAUACUGUUUGACACUGUAGAUAGAGAGGACGUGGGAAACGAGGAGUAUAAAGGUUGGUUGCCUAAGCGCCCACUCCUCCCUUCCCUUGCCACCACCCCUCUCACCAGAGCGCAGAAGCUGCUCGCAGCUUCAGCUCCCACGAGGUCCGCUGAAGCUAGCCUCUAGGCUCGCCAUGGCGUCUGGGGAAGCAGAGCCGCUGCAGUACACGACCACCCUUCUGCGGGUGUCCAUCCACUGCGAGGGGUGCAAGAAGAAGGUCAAGAAGGUGCUCCACAACAUCGAAGGAGUGUACAAGGUGACGGUGGACGCGGCGCAGCACAAGGUGACCGUCACCGGCAGCGUCGGCGCCGACGCGCUCAUCAGGCGCCUGCACAAGGCCGGCAAGCAGGCCGCGCUGUGGCCGGCGCCGGCCCCGGCCGCGGUCGUCGAGGCGGCCAAGAAGCCUGAGGAGCUCGCCCCGGCGCCGCCAGCAGGAGACGGGGAGGGCACCAAGGUCAAGGAAGGCGCGGACGCCAAGCCCAAGGAGGCAGCCAAGGACAAGAAGCAGCAGCCUGAAGCCGAGGGCAAGGACAAGAAGCCGGAGAAGGCCUCCGACAACAAGCCCGAGAAGCCCGAGGCCGCGAAACCCAAGGACGAGGCCACUAAGGACGCCGAGGUGACUGCACCCAAGGAAAAGGGCUCCCCUGAGCCGGCGAAGGAAGCCGCCGCCGCCGAGGACAAGGCGGGCGGGGAGGAGGCCAGCAGCGGCAAGAAGGGCAAGAAGAAGAAGAAGAACAAGCAGAUGGACGGCGGCGAGGCUGAGGCCGCGCCGGCGGAGAAGACGCCGCAGCCGUCGGUGGCAGCGCCGGUCCCGGCGCCCGCUCCCGCGCUGGGUCCGGAGCGCCCGCCCGGCGGGUUCCCGUACUACGCGGCGCAGCCGGUGAUGAGCUACAACGUGGCGCACCCGAGCUCCAGCGUGUCGUACUAUGCGCCCACGCCGGUUGGGCCCAUGCCGCCAAUGCCAACGCCGCCGCCAUCGCAGAUGGCGCCGUACGGGUACCCGCCCAUGAUGCCGCCGCCGGUGCCGGAGUUCCUGUACGGCCCGCCGGGCAUGCGGUCGUCCCCGCCGCAGGAGUCGUACAACAACAUGUUCAACGAGGAGAACGCCAACUCGUGCAGCGUCAUGUGACUUCCGCGCCUUCGCCGCCGCCGCCUCGCCGGACUCCGGUCGUUAGGUGGUCCCACCCGCUGUGCGCUGCGCGGCGUCGAGUCACAGAUAGAGAGAGGCUGCUUUCGUAAUAGAGGAGGCCUCUCUUGUGGUCCGGAUCGUGGUUGCUAGCUAGAGAGUACUGGAGUACUGUCAAUUAGGUGGUCAAAGCUCCUCUUGACCAGAUUUUCUCUCUCUCCUUAUAAACUAAAUUGCUCUUAGUGCAUGCACCAUGUAAUCAGAUGAUCAUAUGCUAGUAUCACUACUUGCAAUGUGUCUUUUUGCUAGUACUUUUCUGUUAUGAACUUCA